CAAAACCAUCGUCUGUUCAAUAGUCCCUUAUUUUCAUCUACAGGCAGACUUCUGUUUGUCUAUAUUUGGUUUUUCCGAGUUUUUCCCCUUCUCUGGAAGCUUGCUGUGAUCCAGCUUUCAAACUUCCACACCGAAAAAUAGUUUUGGGAAAAUGAGGCAGAAACGUCUAUUGAUAUGCAUCUGGUUGUGGACUUUGUUGAACUUUUCAUUCAUCAAUGCUUCUUCUAAUGGCUUACUUAGGGUUGGCCUUAGGAAGAAGCAGUUCGACAUCGACCGCCUACAUACAGCAAAGUUUGUCAAAAAAGAGUAUUUAUAUCUCCAAAAUCAGGGCCUUGAUUUUCUCACGGAUGAUUCUAAAACUGAUGUUGUGUCUUUGAAGAACUAUUUGGAUGCUCAGUACUAUGGUGUAAUAGGUGUAGGGACACCUCCACAGAAUUUCACUGUCAUAUUUGAUACUGGGAGUUCCAACCUGUGGGUUCCUUCAUCCAAAUGCUACUUCUCUAUUCCUUGUUACUUCCACUCUCGGUACCACUCAAAAUUAUCAAGCUCAUACAUAGAAAAUGGGAAAUCAUGUAAGAUAACCUAUGGUUCUGGUUCGAUCUCUGGUUUCUUCAGUCAAGAUCAUGUGCAAGUUGGAGACCUUGUGGUGGAGAAACAAGUUUUCAUUGAGGUAAUUCGAGAAGGAAGCCUGACAUUCUUACUGGCAAAGUUUGAUGGGAUACUUGGGCUUGGUUUCCAGGAGAUUUCGGAGGGCGGUUAUCCACCAGUCUGGAAUACUAUGGCUGAGCAAGGUUUAUUAAAGAAAAAAGUUUUCUCCUUCUGGCUGAACCGAAAUCCAAAUGAUACAACGGGGGGUGAGCUCAUUUUUGGUGGUUAUGAUCGAAAACAUUUUACUGGUGAUCACGUAUAUGUGCCAGUGAGUCGCAAGGGAUAUUGGCAGUUUGAGAUGGGUGAUUUUUUAAUAGGUGGCAAGUCCACAGGCUAUUGUGCUGAACGAUGUGAUGCUAUUGUAGAUUCUGGGACUUCUUUGUUGGCUGGUCCAACUACGGUUAUUGCACAAAUCAAUCAUGCCAUUGGUGCAGAAGGCAUUGUCAGCAUUGAAUGUAAAGAAAUUGUUGAACAAUACGGGAAGAUGAUACUGGAACUCCUCAAUGCGCAGACACGGCCAGAGAAGGUAUGCAGCCAAAUCGGCCUAUGUGUCUUUGAUGGAACUUCGUCUACCAGCGCUGGCAUUAAAUCUGUGGUUGAUGAGCAAAACAUGGACUCUUCUUCUCGUAAUGCGGAUUUGUUCUGUACUGCUUGUGAGAUGGCCGUAGUGUGGAUUAAGAAUCAGCUCCGUCAGAAUCAAACUGAGGAACUAAUAUUGAACUAUGCUAAUGAGCUAUGUGGAAGGCUUCCAAGUCCAAUGGGAGAAUCAGCCGUGGAUUGCCAGCAGUUAGCAAGCAUGCCAAAUGUCUCAUUUACAAUUGCAGGCAAAAGCUUUAUUCUGACUCCCGAACAGUAUGUUUUGAAGGUGGAACAGGCAGACACUUCUAUCUGCAUUAGCGGAUUCACAGCAUUUGAUAUACCUCCACCAAGAGGGCCCCUCUGGAUCCUUGGAGAUGUAUUCAUGGGUGCGUACCACACGGUUUUUGAUUUCAAACAUACAAAGAUUGGUUUUGCGAAAUCUGUUUGAGAGUGCGUUCGUGUGGAUUAGAAUCACUUUCUAAAUGUGUAUCAGUCGUAUCAUCUGUGUAACAUAGAACAAAUAAGCCAAAGUUCAAGCGUGAUGAUGGCUUUGCUUGAACUAAUGCACGAGUUGUCGCUGAUAUGGUUAUGUGGGUAAAUAUUGUAUAAUAAUAUUAGCUAAGCUUAAGGAUCAUGAUAUGUUAUCAAUGCUAUGCUUAUUUUGGUAAAAUGUUUUUAAACGACAA